CAAAGUUGGUGAACAUGAUUUCCAUUUUUAAGUGCGACUGCGGCAGUAUGAAAAUGAACGUAGCGAAACGUACCAGUUAUUGAGCUUGAAAUGACACGUUGAGAUUGAAAAGGAUUUGUCAUUGUGGUAGAUGGAAAUAGUAAUUUCGAAUUGAUCAAUAUUUAGUCAGUAAUUCCAAGUCGUCUACAUUUGCAAUUAGUCGUUUGGUGAACACGCUUUGAGAUUACUAAUUGUAGUUAUUUAUACUGAAACCAAACCGGUAAGGAAUUUCCAAUAUGAAUGAGCAAAUAUUUCCUCCGUCGCCGAACUGGUAUCUCAGCAAUGCUUUUGCCUGUGAUUCAACUGGAACUUUGGCAUAUGGAAACAGAAACAACCUAGUCAUCGUCAAAACAAACAAUAUUUGUGACAAGUCUUUGCCAAAAGUUGAAAUUGUACCUGCUGCUCAUAAAGAAAGAGUGACAGUGGUAGUAUUUUCUCCUCAAAACAGCGAAAGUACGUUAUUUAACUGUAUUGCUACAUCUGGAGAUGAUGCAGUGGUUAAAGUAUGGGAUUUACUAACAAUGACACCUAUUCUUGCAAAUAUUUCUCAUGGGAAUGAUGUAAAAGUCAGUUGCAUGGAUUGGUCUGUGGCUAAUUCUGAUCUCAUCGUAUCAAUGGAUGACAACAAUAAUAUUGUGUGCUGGGACUUGCCCAGCAACUCUACACACUCUUUCAAUUUAGGGAAGUUAUCUGCAUCUACUCUUUCUUGUUGCCCUCAUAACAAAGAUUUAAUAGCUAUUGGCUGUCGCUCAGGACUUGUUUGUAUUAUAAAUAUACAAGGUCGAGGUAAAAUUCUUUUCCGAAUGCGAGGCCAUGAUUCUGAAGUUGUCUCUCUUGCAUGGUGCCCUGUUGGUUACAGUAUUUUUGAUUCAUUUAAAAGUAAAAGCAGUGUAGAAAACCAAGAAUUAUUUCUUGCAUCUGCAGCAAAGGAGAGAACAAUAUUUCUGUGGCGGGCUAACAGUGAUGGUAGAUAUGAACUAGCUCUUUCUAUACCUACUCAUCUUAUGGCUGGGCAAAGGUCCAAUAAAGGAGGAACUGCUGAUAUGAAUUGGGUGAGUUUAUGUUGGCCACAAGCAAAUACUCUUAUCUGCAGCACGAGGCUUGGACGUGUAAUUGCUUGGGAUUUAAAAGCAAGCUUUCUUAAUAAAUCAGGCAAGAAUUCAGGAGGAGGUGAUGCAGCUUCAGCACGUACAUGGCACCUUGUCCAUUCUUCUCAUAAUCGUAUAGUUUUCAACAUUGUGACUGCACAUAAGAAUUAUGAUAACAGUUUGGAGUUUCAGGAAACAACAAGUUGGAGACAGACCUGUUCAUCUGAGCAAACAGAGAAACCAUUGAUUAUUUGGUCAUCUUCUCAAGAUAGGUUGAUAGUUGGAUAUGAUCUAAAUGCAAAUAAAGAAAUAACUUGUGUACCGACCAUAGGAGGAAUAGUCUAUUGUAUUGCUGCUUCACCAAUUGAUCCUAACAGGAUUGCAUUUGGAGUGAGUGAUGCAGUGAUUAGAGUUUGGAAUUUAAGCAGUUCAUCUGCAUUUGAUGUUAGUUUUCUCUGGCAAAAAGUUAGAGGUAAAGUCACCAGUGUAGCUUGGCAUCCAACUCAAGAAAGUCGAUUAGCUUUUGGUACAGCUGAAGGUAGAGUGGGAAUUUUUGAUACACUUAACUCUAAUAAGCCUCCUGUGCUUUUGAGACCAUACCACACAAAGUCUCUCUAUGUUGUGGGAUGGGGCCCAGCUCUCUUUGGUGCAGGUGAUGGAGAUGGUCCUUCAGAGACUAAAUAUACGUUAUAUUCCUGUGGUGAGGGUGAUGCUGUACAAUAUGACAUUCAUAAUCCAGAAGCGGAGGCAAAAAAUUUGAAUGAUCUUCCACCAUUAAAUGCAGCCUCAAGGAAAUCAUUAAUUAGAACAGACCUUGCGUGGAAACCUGAUAAUUCCAUUCUUGCAUUGGGAAAUGAAGAUGGAUCAGUUCAACUUGUAACAUCAACAAAUACUACAGUGCUGCACACAAUUUAUGCACAUAAGAAUUUAGUGCAGAGCUUGGCUUGGCAUCCAGAGGGAACUGCCACUGAUACUGGUUAUUCUCCCUGUCAGCAUUGGUUGGCUGUCGCUUCAAAAAAAUCUCCUAUCAAAAUAUUUAAUCUCACUUCCUUAAUAGAAAAUGGAUCUGGUGAUGUUGAAUGUGUGGCUGUCUUUAGCCAACACAAACAGUGUGUAGUGGGCAUGUGUUGGAGCCCUCAUGUCAGUGGUCAGUUGCUGUCAGUUUCCUUUGAUGAAACUGCUCAGAUAUGGGAUGUUCUGCAGCAGCAACCUAUUGGCAACUAUUCUCGCCAUGCUGGUGUGUUGCACUCUGGUUGUUGGAGUCCUUUGGAUCCUGAUUUAGUGUUGACAGGUUCCGCAGACAGCACACUUCGUGUUUGGCGAAUAUCAAGUCUGGACCGAACUGUACCAUUUGAUAAGAAGAAAGAAAAAAAUGCAGCUAAAAAAUCUUCAGGAAUACAAUUAUCAACAAAAAACAAUGCAGUUUCGGGGCCAGAAAAAGACAUUACAUCAGAUGAGGCUGCAGUUUCAGGUAGCCCAAUGCCUAAUUCAGGUAUAACUGCUCAAGAACAUGAAACACUACUUCCAAAGUCUGGUCGUCAGAAAGCACGCUCAUAUUUUCCGGUGUGGGCUCAGAUUUGGCAAGGGUCUGCCAGUAAUGUCUUAGAUCGCUUCCAGACAUAUUUAAAAUCAGAAGACAAGUCUAAUACAGAAGCUAAUUUACUGGGCAUCCGAACAGAUGUUCUUGAACUACUGAAAUUGGAAGAAAGCCAACAUUCUCGUAACGGCAAUCUGGAAACCAUUCAACAUAUUGCUUUAUGGAAAGGUGACAUCGGUGAAACCAUACGGGAAUCUGCAAGGAAGAAAAAACUCACUGAUUGGCUGGUAUCAAUGGCACCUAUGGUUUCUCAAAGGUUGUGGUUAGACACAUGUCGCAUGUAUGCAGAACAGCUCACAGGAGAAGGUAGAAUUCAUAAGGCAGCCUCAUAUCUUCUUGCAUGCCAUAAAGUGGAAGAAGCCAUCCAAUUAUUCCUUCAUCAUCAUCUCUUCCGUGAAGCUCUUACUGUGGCAAAACUGCGACUUAGUGAAGAUGAUCCAUUAACUAUUAGCAUUGUGAGAGAUUGGUCACAGCAACAAAUCCUAGAUGGACACUACGAGAGGGCCGCUGAAUGUUUGAUGUCUGUAGGAGAUCUUCCUGGGGCAGCUGAGAUACUUGGCAAGCGUAACGAUGCACGAUGUCUUUGGCUGGCUGCUGAUAUUGCUCACAAAAGCAAUUUACAACCAGUAGCUUUAUGUUACGCAAAAAAUUGUAUAAUUCAAUCCUUGUUACAUAAAAAUUGGGAGUUGGCUCUGAAAGUGACUACACAAUAUUCAGAAUUUAAGUCUUGGACUAUUGUUGUUUUUACUCACCAAAGUAUAUGUGAGUUACUAACUGGCAAGUUGGUUAUUCAAGAACCAAUAACUCAGUGGAUUUUCCAGCAAUACAAGAAGGAAUAUGAAAAAGACCCCACAGAAUUUUAUGAAGAUCUAGAGAAGAGUGUUGAACGAAAUGUUCCAGACAGUAAGAGUAAAUUGUGGCUGGCAGUAAGUGCAGAUGUAGCAUUAAGUUCCUGUGCUGUUGAUGAGAUCACCUCAUUACAGCACCUGGUUCAAAUAGCUAAUAUGUGCUACCAGUUCCAGUUAAUGCAUCCAAAUGUCUUCCCUUUGCUUCAGUACCUUCGAUGGUUGGCUCCUCAUGGUGUGUUAGAGAAAGAUAAUAUCUUUAAAAAGGAGUCUGAACCAGAAAAUCUUACAUUUCUGAGAAGAAGUCUAAGGUUUUACUUGUACGCUGGAUAUUUUUCAUGGUUACAGGCUGAACUCUCAUUCUGUGGGACUGACUUCAUUGGUGUCAAAGAUGAGAAUGAUUGUAUAUUGGAUAGGGAUUCUACUAACACUCACCUCAAAGACAAAGGCCCUUCAGACAUUAAUGAAGGAAAAAUUACUUUAAAUACUAAAACAGAGAUUGAAUCAGAAACGAAUGCAUGUAAUGGAAAUGAAGUUAUUGAGAAAUUGGAAGAUCUUUCGUUGUCUCAGGAAAAGAGUGCACAUGAUGGCUCGGGGGACCACAAACCUGACAAAAAUAUAGCAAUGUUAAACUUUAAUUGGAAAGACCUUAUGGUGCCUUUGUUAACAAGUUAUUCAAAUGAAUUGCCAUUAGAAGCAGCUGCUCUGGCAUAUUAUAAACAAAAAGUGGAAAUAAAGAAAUGGGAACAGGAAGUAGCUAGUCUCGUAGCACAACAACAUCAAAGUGCAGGAGAAGAAAUCAAAAACAAGGAAAACCCUAACCAAGAACAAGAAGAAACCAAAAUGUUAAAAGGUCUUAAGAAAUUAGAUGAAUUGAAAGAACUGAAAGAGACAUUUGAGAAACAGCGUGGAUCAACUCCAAACCCAUUUGUUACAUAUUGCCACUUUACAAGUAUAUGUGACCUUUUAAUUAAGGAGAAGGGUUUGGAAGUAUUAAGAAGUGUAUCAGAAGUUGCUGUUAAGAACUGGCAAACUGCAGCGAGUGAUAUUAAGUAACAAUAAUGAUUAUUAGGAUUAUUGAUGUAUUAUAAAGUAAUGUUAUGUAUUAUAAAGAUUGAAUAAUAUAGUUUGUAAUUACCCUUUCUUUCAUUAACUUACAGCAGUGUAAAAUGGAAAGUAGAAGAAUCAUGUUGACUGCCUCAAAUGUGGCCCAAUAAUUGUGAGAACUAUAUAAGUCUCAAAAAUUAUUUGUCCUUGGGUCAUCAAAUAAAAUUCAAUAAAAUUAAUUGCUAAUUUUUCCUCUUAAUUAAAUGCUUCAAACAGUAAAAUAACGCUAAGGAAACUACCUUUAAUGACCUGAUAUAAGUUUAUUAAGGAGCCAUUUUAUCCGUAUAACUCAAGUAUUUGUGCUUUUGUUCUGACAUAACGUUUUCGCAUGUGUGUGUGAGGAAGAUUUGUAUAACUGAACAUAUUUGAUAGUGCAUGUUAAUUGUCUAUAUUUUUCUGAAUAUUUUGACAAUUAUUUUCAUUUUUAACAUAACUAAUAAAAUAACAGCAAAAGUUUUUCUGAACUAGACUUCCUCUUCUGCCUAUGAACAGUUUUACAUAAUAUCUACAUGUACAUAUUGUACCUGUGAACACUAUUUGUAGGUACAAUACGUUACAGAAAUAGUUCUGAAGAUGUUUGAGAAGUAAUGAUCCUUAAAGGUUGCAGCACAAAUUUACCAUCAGAAUAUAUUGUUGAAUUCCUGAAAAGCUGCAAAUUAUCUUGACAUUUUUUAAAAUCUACUGUGUUCAAUAAAUCAAUAAAAAAUUGUAGAGACUGAAAAUAAGGUUUGUGGAAGUACACUUCGUUUGAUUCCCCCCGCUGAUGUUCAAUCCCAUGUGCUAGCAACAUUGAAGAUGGUGAAAUGGUGUCAGGUAUUUUGAAGGAUUUUUAUGAAAUACUUUUUUGUUUCAUGUUGGUGAAUUUGUUUUUCAGUUUUUAAAAAGAGAAGCAAUGUCAAUUAAAUAGGGAAAAUUAUAGAUGUUGAUAAUAUUUGUUCUAAAUUUCAAUAUAAUACUUGAAACACCUUUACAAAACAAAUUCUUUCAUGCCAAGAAAGAAAUAUUUGACAUUUAUGAAUCUUAGACUUAGAGGUUAUGGAACUAUUGAGACCAGUAAAAUAUGAUAAGAACUACAUGUUAACAGAUAAUUUUUGCAACAGUCAAAAAUACGAGAAGAAAAAAAUGUUCUAGUGAGCACUCUGUAAUUUUUUUUUUUUUUAAUUGUAAGUUAAUAAUUGCAAUGAGAAGUCAGGAACUUUAUUUUCAUAAACUGGAAGUGUAUUAUAAUGUGAAGUAAAGGAUGUUUGACUUCUGGUAAUAAAUAGAAUAAUCCAAUUGUUAGAGGAGUUCUUGAUGAUACCGCAAGACUACUUUUAAAUAAUGAAUUUUAUAGUUUACUUGAAAAAUAAAGAAGUUCCAAUUUAUUAACAUGGGAAAGUAUUCAAUAUCAAAUCAUUCCACUGAAAACAUUUGGACAACACUCUCAUUUAAUUUCUUGAAACAUUAAAGUAUAUAAUUUGCUGAAAAUUAAUAGUAUUAUUUGCAGAACAAAGUAAAGGUAAUGGAACUUGCUCACAAAACCACAAAGGAUUAAUGAGAAAUUUUAGAUUUGCCUUCAAAAACACUCUUAUCUUCUGCAAGUUGAAUUGGAUUUUCAAUUUUCAUCUUCACUAACAUGGAGGAGACCAUGUUUCAAUAUCGUCUGAUAACAAACUAAUAGCAUGGUUUUGGGCUUGAUUUUUAUUAUUGAGCAGAAAGUGUGUCCUGUUGCGAGUAAGUGUAAAGCAUGAUUUUACCACAACACAAUGACAUUAGUGUUAAAGAAAUGAAGAAAUAAGACAUAGUUCUAUCAUAAUUAAUUCAGCUUUAAACUUUUUUUUGGCCAUAUUGCAGCUAUCUUCUGACUACAAUAAAUAAAGUUUUUGCAAUUACAAAUUGUAAAACAAAUUAAAUUAAGAAUGAUGUAAAAUAUAUGAAGCUGACAAAAGUGAAAUAUUUUACACAUAAUAAGGUGAAUAUUUGACCUGAAGUUGUUUGAAAUAGGAAAUGUGAAACUGAUUUUAAAAUUUAUAAGAAGUAUAAUUUAAAUAUUUUAAUUAAUUACAUGUUAUUUUAAAUCAACAAAUUCCCUUUCUCUUGCCACUCCUCCCAUGUACAUGAUCCUCUUACUCCUGCCCUCAACCAUAAGAGCUUUUUAUUUUUCCUUUCUCCUUGCAGUCCUCUGUUGGAAAAUCCCCUUCUCUCCCCUCUUUCUAUUGUCAAACCUACCCAGCAGUACUGUUUCUCUACUGGGACCUCUGCUGUCAGAGAAAAUCAUAUGUUGGUUUUCUAUGAAAAUUUGUUUCAUUUUUAUCUGCAAUUUAGAUCAGUUCCAAAUAUUUCAUAUAAUAAUUAUUAUUAAGGUAUAUGAUGAUUUAAAUCAAAUUAUUAAUUUUAAAAAAU